AUGAGUCCAAAGUGCCCCCAGGUCAUCUUCGGAUCAGGGUUCUUUGGAAAUGCAGAGCCUUUCAUCAGCGAUGCCGGUCUCGAGGCCACUUAUGACCUGAUUUCCAAGUAUGGGAUUAGCCGUCUCGAUUCAGCGCAGCUUUACGGGGAAAGCGAAAGGCGGCUGGGAGAGACCAAGUCCGGGGAUAGGUUCUCUAUUGACACGAAAUGGUUGAUGGGAUGGGGCCCAGGGACGGGGACAAAGGACGGCAUUGUUGUUGGUGCAAAGGAGAGUGUGAGGAAAAUCGGCUGUGUGGUUGACGUGUUCUACCUUCACUGCCCAGAUGCUAGCAUCGCCGUGGAAGAUACUCUGGCAGGCGUGAAUGAAGCAUACAAACUUGGCCUGUUCAAGCGCUUCGGGCUUUCCAACUACCCAACAGAAGAAGUGGUCAAGAUCUUCGACCACUGUAAAGCUCAGGGCUAUGUCCUUCCCACCGUCUUUCAAGGCAACUACGCUCCUGUGGCCCGCAAGUUAGAGACUCUCCUCCUACCCACUCUUCGAAAACUCGGCAUAUCCUUCUACGCCUACUCGCCCCUGGCCGGAGGGUUUUUGACGAAGACGAAGUGGCAGAUCACGGAGGGUGCCGGCCGCUUCAACACUAACCACAUGGGCGGGAUGUACCACCAAAUAUACCUCAAAGAGUCGUAUCUAAAUGCUCUGGCCGAUUGGGAGGAUAUUGCACGAGAGCAAGGCUGUUCUCGCGGAGAACUGGCCUAUCGCUGGGUUGCCUAUCAUGGUGCUCUCGAGGCAGAGUGCGGUGACGGUAUCAUCAUCGGCGCCAGCAAGUUCGAGCAGAUCGAACCGACUCUUCAGGGUCUGCAGAAAGGAAGACUGAAAGAUACCGUUGCCAAGAGAAUUGACCAGCUUUGGGGGACUGUUAAACACGAGGCUCCUAUGGAUGCAUUUGCCAAGUAG